AUGGACAAAGUGACAUUGAGUGGCGUUGUAUCCGCAACAACACCGGCUGCACCUGGUCUACACGUGUUCACAUGCCAACGCAGACCAAAUUUGGGCCAUAAAGGUCGUCCGAUAUUGUUGUGCGCCAAUCAUUUUCAGAUUUCGAUGCCACGCGGUUUCGUCCAUCAUUAUGACAUUAACAUUCAGCCGGAUAAGUGUCCACGCAAAGUGAACUGUGAAAUCAUCGAAACGAUGGUACAUGCGUACAGUAAAUUAUUUGUUGUUUUGAAGCCACUAUUUGAUGGUCGCAACAAUUUAUAUACACGCGACCCGUUGCCCAUUGGAAACGAUCGUUUAGAGUUGGAGGUAACAUUGCCGGGUGAGGGUAAAGAUCGUGUAUUUCGUGUGUCGAUCAAAUGGUUGGACCAGGUUUCACUAUUCAAUUUGGAAGAGGCGCUCGAGGGUCGUACACGUCAAAUUCCGUACGAUGCCAUAUUGGCAUUGGACGUGGUUAUGCGUCAUUUGCCAAGCAUGACAUACACACCCGUCGGUCGCAGUUUCUUCAGUUCACCAGAUGGCUACUAUCAUCCAUUUGGCGGCGGUCGUGAAGUUUGUUUUAGUUUCCAUCAAAGUGUACGACCAUCACAGUGGAAAAUGAUGCUUAAUAUUGAUGUUUCGGCAACUGCAUUUUACAAAGCACAACCAGUUACUGACUUUAUGUGCGAAGUUCUCGAUAUUCGUGACGUAUUAGACCAGCGAAAACCACUUACAGAUUCACAGCGUGUUAAAUUUACAAAAGAAAUUAAAGGCUUAAAAAUCGAAAUCACACAUUGCGGAACAAUGAGGCGAAAGUAUCGUGUGUGCAACGUAACACGACGUCCAGCUCAAAUGCAAUCAUUCCCAUUACAAUUAGAAAACGGACAAACGGUUGAGUGCACCGUAGCGAAAUAUUUCCUCGAUAAAUACAAAAUGAAGUUGAAGCGCCCACAUUUGCCCUGUCUUCAAGUGGGCCAAGAACACAAGCAU